AUGGUAGAUAUUUCAAGGAAAAGAGGAGCUUUUAUUCUUAUAGAGGGGCCUGAUCAUAGUGGAAAAACAACUCAAUGUGAGCUUCUUGCUGAGGAAUUUUGUACAAAAAAUGUACCAGUAAAAAUCCAAAAAUUUCCAAAUAGAAGCACAGAAAUUGGGAAAAUCAUCGAUUUAUAUUUACGAGGAGAUUUAGAACUUGAAGAGCAUGCAAUUCAUCUUUUGUUUUCAGCAAAUCGUUGGGAAAUAAGCAAGAAAAUACGCAAUGAUCUUGAAAAUGGAAUUACAGUUAUUGUGGAUAGGUAUAUUUAUUCAGGAAUUGCUUUUUCUGUGGCAAAGGGAUUAAAUAUUGAGUGGUGUAGAAGCUCAGAUAAAGGAUUACCUCUACCAGAUGGUGUUAUUUAUCUAGAUAUUUGUGACAAGAUGGCGUCCUUACGACAUAACUAUGGUUUAGAACGAUUGGAAACUAAUACAAUACAAAAAAAAGUUCGAUCUAUAUUUAAAAAUAUGUUUGAAAAAAAUCAUAAUACAGGUUAUCCAUGGUAUUGGGUAGAUGCAUCAAACUCUAUUAUACAAGUAAAAAUAAAUGUCUGGAAUGCUGCACAAGAUAUUAUAAAUAAUUUGUCAGAUGAUAUUAAAGAAUUCAGCUAAAAUUAAUUAUAUUUGAUACUUUAAUAAUACAAAAAGAAAGACUUAUUUAUAUAAAUAUCUACAUUUUUAAUUAUCAAUAACUUUAUGUUUAGCUAUAUUCAUUUUUUCAUAAAAAUGUGAAUUUUUCUCAGAUGAAUAAUGGUUAUACAUAUCUACGAAAGAGUCUUUAUGUCCUUUAUACUCUAAAAUUGUAUCUAAUGGAAGAUUAAGGAUUUGCUUUAUAAGGUCUCUAGAUAAAAUUGGUUAAAUAUUUACAAAUAAGAUAAAUCAUACCGAAUUUUCAAAUUAAUUCUUCCAUUAUCAGAACUUCUAUUCCAAACGCUUAUAAGGUCUUCGGAAUUUCUAAUGCUAAGAACUAUACCACAUAAUUCAUCCCCAAUAUUCCAGAAUUGAUCACCAACAAUUGCCAUUACUAAUUGUUCCCAGUAACGGACAGCUAUUCCUUUACGAAGACGUAGGGUCCAUUUUCCACCGUCUUGAUUAGCUGGAUCUUCAAAUAUUGGCCUUAUUCCCUCUUUAAAUAAAUGCAAGUCUGAAAUAACAGGAAGUGUAUCAGGGCGUUUAAGAUAAGCAUAAAUUGACCAAAAUUCUUCAACCUUAUAUAUUCAGAAUCAAGAUAAACUGCUUAAAAAAACAUACUGAUGAAAAAGUUAUCAGCUUUUUCAAUGAAGAUUCGUAAUCUUUUAUUUUGCUUCCAAAUGCACGGUUCAUAUACCAAAAAGUAAAUGAAUGUUUCAACAUGUGCACUGGAGAUUGCACAUUAAUAUUGGCUUGUAUGUUGCGGCUCUGAGAAACAUCUGAUUUUUUAAACUGAUUUGUUUUUAAAAUUGGUGAUUCAUUAGAUGGUGUUACAUUAGAUGAUGUUAGAGAAAAAAAAAACUAAAAAAAUAUUUUCAGCAAAUAUUCAAAUAAAACAAAUGGUAGCAUCAUACGUCAGGCUCUUGGGGCAUAUUAAUUCCAUUAAUAAUUAACUAUUUUCAUAUUAAAUUAGGUUUUGAAAAAAAACUUUUUAUUCAACUUAUUUUUUUUAAAAAAAAAAAGAGAUUCCCCUCCGGAAAAACUUAUUAUAUU